AAACCACAGGGCGGAGACUUCACACAAGCAAUACCCCUGUACGUCCCACCCAUAAAGGCGGUGCGCCGGAUGCAUCGAAUAAAUGUCAACAUGCCGGAGACUUCCAGAGAAGACGAGGAAAUGACUGUUAGACAACAAAGAUAUCAAGGACACCAGUCGUCCAACAACAUCGUGUCUUCAAUAUCCAAGUUUGCAGACGAUCAUUUGACCCUUGUGCGGAACAUAAGCACUGGACUGGCUGUUGUUGGCGUUAUAGUAAUAGGACGGAGUAUCAAACUGAUCACCACAUUUCAUGCUGUGUCUGAGAUCCCAGCCCGUUUCAUUGAGAGGAACGUCAGCCUCCGUGGGAAAGUUCAUUCAAUCACAGAGAGAGGACUUAAAGUGGAACAUGUUCCAAUAUAUCUGCCAGUGCUCUCUGGGAUACUUUCAAGAAAACAAGGUGUGUGCACGUCCCCAAUGCUGGUGCAUCUUGCAGGAGUGGAGUUGACUCCAGAGGGCAGGGAAUGGCUGCAGAAGAACCUGGCUCCUGCACAAACAGUCUGGCUAAAACUCAUCAGUCGAGAGGAUGACAGGCUUCACUGUUUGGUGUCUCAAAGCAGGGAGGGGUCGAUGUUUAGCUAUUGUGUGAACGAAGAGGUCCUUCGGCUGGGUCUGGCUCGCAGUGCACCCGUGGUUGGGGUCCGGCCCGACUCUCGCCUCUACUGGCGUCUCCUCAAACGGCUGCACAGGGCAGAGGUCAAAGCUGAGAGGAAAGGGUGGGGACUGUGGAAGGAGGACAGCCUAUGGGAGAGAGCCUCCAAGGCGGUCAGGGACAAUGCUUUAUUCAGACUGAUGAGGAGGAUUUUUAAGAGGACUUGAUACACCAAGUGACUUUGCCAUUCCAAGACAAAACAUCUUGAUCAAAACGAGACAACUUACAGUUCUUUUUUCUACUGUAUCCCUUGUUUUGCCCCCUGAUAUAUCUAAAAAGGCUCACCAGGUUAUGUGCCAUCCAUCUCUGAUUUGUCAUGUGAGACAAAUAUGCCAAUGAAUGCUUUGAAAAAGAAAACUCAUUUUUUUCAUUACACCUGUUGCAAAGGUGUGUGGUUUGUUGUUGCUGUAUUUCAAUCUUUAGACAUUUGAAAUGAUUGUAAAACUAUAUCUCAUACGCAGACAUGAAUCCCUUUGCUUUCACUUACCCCAUUAAAACACAGCCAAGCAUA